ACACAAGUGGCGUACAAAGUUUCCGAGACUCCAUGUGAGCCCAACACUCCUGUCCCGUCGUCAUCGUGUUUUCUUCGGGCUUUAAAUUUUAGCUUUUGUAGGUCUUUUGGAUAACUUCAGUUGAAGGGAAAGCAGAGGACUUGGCCGACUGCGACUGCUGGAUCCUAGAAGCGGCGCGUCACUGUGAUGGAGACCGUCCGCUCGCUGGCGUUGCUGUGCGCACUGUGCUGCGCAUUGAUGCGGUGCGGGCUGGCUUCUCGGAUGAAGCCCCCUGCGCUUCCCAUCCAGUCGGAGAAGGAGGCCCCCCCGUCCAAAGGAGCGUCAGGCUGCUCAUUCGGAGGAAGGUUUUACUCUUUGGAAGAUUCAUGGCAUCCAGAUCUGGGAGAGCCUUUCGGAAUCAUGCACUGUGUCCAAUGCUACUGCGAGCCGCAAAGAAACCGUCGUGGAAAAGUAUAUGGGAAAGUGAGCUGUAAAAACAUCAAGCAGGACUGCCCAGAACCCAGCUGUGAAGAUCCCGUUCUUCUGCCAGGGAGAUGCUGUAAGAUCUGCCCCAAAGGAGAAGAGGAGAAGAAGCAGGUAGAGUCUGUGUUCGACGGACUGGAGUAUCUACAGGAGAAGGAUGACGACUUACACAAGUCCUAUAAUGACCGCUCGUACCUGAGCUCUGAGGACAUGCUGCCUGGGGAGAGCCGGACAGAUUUUGUGGCGCUGUUGACGGGAGUGAUGGAUACCUGGCGACCCAGUUCUAGUGGUGUGGGCCGGGCCCGUUUGUCCUUGUCACGAAACAACCUAGUCUUCUCGAUCACCUUCAAGAGAAUGGCACGACCCAGUCGAGUUCUAUUCCAGGACAAUGAUGGAAACACUGUGUUCCAGUUCAGGGUACCAAGGCCGGAUUCGACACAGUCCAAUAUGGUGUGUGGAGUGUGGAAGAACCUCUCCAAGUCUCAGGUACGUCUGCUGCAGGCAGAGCAGUUGCGGAUCUCCAUGGCGACCGGAGGCAGCCGGCAGGACGAGAUCCAGGGCAAAGUCAUCAAGCACCGGGCGCUGUUUGCAGAAACCUUCAGCUCCAUGUUAACAUCUGAAGAAGAACAUUCUGGGAUGGGGGGGAUUGCCAUGCUGACCCUUAGCGACACGGAGAACAACCUCCACUUCAUUCUUUUGUUUCAGGGGCUGCUGGAAAACCAUGAAACAGAGCACCCUCUAGUGCCCAUCCGGGUGCAAUUGCAGUACCGCCACCACGUGCUGAGGGAGAUCCGUGCCAACGUGACCGCCUAUGACCCGGACUUCGCAGAAGUCCUGGCGGAUCUCAACAGCCGCGAGCUCUUCUGGUUGUCCCGUGGACAGUUGGAGAUCGCUGUAGAGACCGAGGGGCGCAACCCACGCCGCAUCUCGGGAUUCAUCACCGGCAGGAAGUCAUGUGACACGAUCCAGAGCGUCAUGUCCAGUGGUCACGCCCUGACUCCCGGCACGACCGGCAGCGUGGGCUCCGCCGUCUUCUCUCUCCAUGACAACGGGUCCCUGGAUUACCACGUGCAGGUGCUAGGCGUGUCCAGUCAGGUGGUGGGUGUGACCAUCGAGAUGAAACCACGGCGACGGAACAAGCGGAGCGUGCUGUACGACCUGAGCAGCGACUAUGCGGGGGGCCGCGCACAUGGCAGCUGGAGUCGCAUGGAAGCGCGCCACAUCCAUAUGCUGCUGCAGAAUGAGCUGUUCAUCAAUGUCGCUACCGCACACCACCAGGAGGGGGAGCUCCGGGGGCAGAUCCGCACCCUGCUGUACACUGGCCUUGACACGCCCCGUCACGAGCUCCCUGUUCCGCUGGCGGGACAGUUUGUGUCCCCCCCCGUGAGCACCAGUGCUGGGGGCCAUGCCUGGGUGUCUGUGGAUGACAGGUGUCACCUGCACUACGAGAUCGUGGUGGCUGGACUCAGCAAAAGUGACGACGACUCUGUCAACGCCCACCUCCAUGGAUUGGCCGAGAUUGGUGAGCUGGAGAGUAGCAGCCCCGCCCACAAGCGACUGCUCAUGGGGUUCUAUGGCUCUCAGGCCCAGGGCAUCUUGAAGGACCUGAGCCAUGAACUUCUUCAGCAUCUGGAUGAAGGAACUGCCUUCAUUCAAGUCAGCACCAAGAUUAACCCUCGAGGAGAGAUCCGGGGGCGGGUCCAUGUGCCCAACAGCUGCCGGUAUGGGAGCAGGGCAGAGACGGAUGAGGCGGAGUUCGACGACCUGCUGUUUGUGCAGGACCCCGAGGAGCUGAAGAAGGACCCCCACACCUGCUUCUUCGAGGGCGAGUAUCACGCCCACAACUCACACUGGACGCCCCAUUACAACAACUGCUUCAGCUGCAGCUGUCAGAAAAAGACAGUGAUCUGUGACCCCAUCCUCUGUCCGGUUCUCACCUGCCCGCGGACCAUCCAGCCCGACGACAAGUGCUGCCCCAUCUGUGACGUACAAAGGAGGGAGAUAGUGCCCCCAGAGGUCCCGGAGAGAGCCGACGAGCAUCCAGAAGGCUGCUACUUCGAAGGUGACCAGAAGAUGCAUGCCCCCGGUACCACAUGGCAUCCGUUUGUCCCACCAUUUGGGUACAUCAAAUGUGCCGUGUGCACCUGUAAGGGCUCUACAGGAGAGGUGCACUGUGAAAAGGUGACCUGCCCCCCCCUCCCUUGCAGCCAGCCUGUGCGCCGCAGCCUCUCUGAUUGCUGCAAGGUGUGCCCUGACGAGCCACGCCCCCUGGAGCUCCGCUCUGCCCCCGAUCAUGGCGAGCUCAUGCAGGCCGAUGGAGCACGCGACUGCAAGUUUGGCAAGAGUUUCUACCAAAACAGCGAACACUGGCACCCGUGGGUCCCCCUGAUGGGUGAGAUGAAGUGCAUCACCUGCUGGUGUGAUCACGGCGUGACCAAGUGUCAGAGGAAGCAGUGUCCCAUCCUGACCUGCAGCCAGGUCAUCAGCCGGGAGGGGCGCUGCUGUCCCGAGUGCCGAGAUGUGCUCAACAAGGAGGAGGUGGAUCUGAUGAAACUUCCAGAAAAGAAGAAGAGCUGGAGACACUGAGGAACAGCGUGGCACCCCCCCCUCCCCCCCCCACCCCGCCAGCAUGCACAGAAGGAGUGGAAGACGGGCGGGCAGAGGGGGCAGAGGAAGGCAUGGGACUGAGCUACAAUGGAGCACCGACAGCUCGUGCAAAGGGAACCGAUGCUUUACUCGUACUUUUUCCGGAGAGUUUCCUUCACAUUGUUACCUUUUCACUCUGCACCUUGUGACGACUGUUCUUUUAUGUCACCUAACUGCCACCCAUGAUUGCACCACCUUCUGGUCAGAGCAGGACAAUGCAAAGAGCGAAUGUGGCCUCUGGAUAGUAAACAUGGCUUCCAUAUGGAGGCAAUACUGAGGCGCGAAGCGGACCUCGAUGGGGCACUGAUGGGGGACUGGGCCCCUCCUGCGGAUCUCUGUGGAGCUUCAGAGUCCUCCCAGGCAGCUGGCCAGGGCUCAGCAAGUGGGCUGGGGCUUCAGUAAGUGAGCACCUAAGUAACCCAUCGACCAUUUUUGCACAGUGGAUAUUGGAUUUACGUCAAUGCAUAAGGAAUGUCCUGUCCUGCACCAAACACAGAAAGCCACUAGGAGGGGAGCGUGAGCGAAAGAGAGCUCUUAUGAAACGCUGAUGCUCGGCCUAUUGGGGGAAGCCGAAGAGUGGGGACGUGGCCUAACAGGGGUCAAUUGUGAUGUGGGGGCGUGGCCUAACAGGGAUCAAUUGUGGUGUGGGGGCGUGGCCUAACAGGGAUCAACUGUGAUGUGGGGGCGUGGCCUAACAGGGAUCAAUUGUGAUGUGGGGGCGUGGCCUAUCAGGGAUUAAUUGUGGUGUGGGGGGCGUGGCCUAACAGGGAUCAAUUGUGGUGUGGGGGCGUGGCCUGACAGGGAUCAAUUGUGAUGUGGGGCAUGGCCUAAUAAUGAUCACUGGUGGUUGAGGGGCAUGGUCCAGCACAGAUAGAUUGUGGGGAGUUGGCAUGGUCUAGCAGGGAUCAAUGGAAGUUGGGGUGUGGUCUUACUGGGAUUCAUGGAAGAAAGUGGGAGUGCGGUCUACCAAAGAUCAACAGUGUUAUCUGUGUUCUCUUAUUAAUGUAUAUUAUUAUUAUUUUUCUUAUUAUUAUGAAACUUUGCAUAUUUUGUAUUUAUUGAAUGUGUGGAAAAGUUAAUAAAAAACAGAGAAUUGAAGG